AUGGUUUUCCUUUGGACAAGUGCAGGAAAGCAAAUACACGUAAAAAUAGUACACAAAUCGGACAAUGUGCUACAACUAUCGGUGGAAAAUGUCGAGGCACAUCGCGAAAGACACACACUGCUGAUCCUGGAGCUUGGCACUCUGUUUUGCUUUGCAGUAUGUGUUUUUCUCUUCAGGUUAAACACUCUACACGCACUGUUUGUGUUGCCUAUCGCCACUCUUGUAUACCUGUACAACAAUGUUAUAAAGUCGGAAAGUUUAGUGCUGGUGAAGGACUUUGCGAUGCAAUGUUCAACGACCUACGCCAGCGGUACGGUGCGCAACGCUCUCAUACCGAUAGAAUAUGUCCAAGAUAUUGUAAUCAACGAAGUAUUUUAUAAUCUCAAAGUGAUUUUCGUAUUACAAGUUCUCACGAAAGGCCAUUUAUUUCGCAAGAAACCGGUCAUUAGUCUAUUGCAGCAUCUUAAGCCGGCAUUACCGUGCUUAAAAAUUAUCUACCACGAACUCCACUCCGUCCUCGAGUUGCAGGAUUGUUGA